AUGGAGAAAGAGACUUGGGAAGGAUCUGGUCUAAUGGAUCAAGUGCAGAAUUCCGAGACAAGGUCAGUACUUCAUGAAAUAGAAUCAAUGAUUAUCAAGUGGUCACGCCAAAUAAAAGACAUUUUGGAAAGGAAUACAGCUCAAGCGCCUUUUAACCAGGUUCACCCAGAUCCUCAGAGUGAACUUAAGUUCUGGAAAGAAAGAAAAGACAAUCUCUUAUGUAUAUAUGAUCAGCUUAGGAGCCCUAUUAUCCAAAAAUUGAUUGGAAUCUUAAAAAUCAAGAAGAGCAGUUAUUAUCCAACUUUUCAGGAUAUUUAUAAGGAUGUAGAAAAUGCACUUAUUGAAGCCCAAGAUAUUGAAUUAUAUCUUAAAACUUUAGAAAGACAUAUUCAGUUUUUUCAAGAGACCGAAUUUCCAAGGAUACAUAUUUUGAUUCCUCCUCUGUUUCACACCAUCUGCCUGAUCUGGAGUCAUUCCAAAUUUUAUAACAUGCCAGCACGAAUCAUAUCUCUACUGCAGGAAUUCUGCAAUCUGUUCAUUCAUCAGGCUACAUUGUAUCUUUCACCAGAAGAUAUUAUGAAAAGGGAAGCAGAGGAAACUUUGGAACAAGUACAAAGUGCUCUUAGUACUUUAAGAAGUUUUAAGGAUGCUUUUUUUAAUGAAAGAAAACAAGUGGCAACUUAUUUCACUAGCAGUCAAGAAGUUAGAUUUUGGGAUUUUCAACCACAGAUGGUAUUUUCCAGAUUUGAUAUGUUUUUAAAUCGCCUGGAGAAAAUAGAGAAUAUUUUUGUUACCAUGCUUGAGUUUGAAAAGUUGGAGAAACUAGAAUUUGGUGGAAUCAAAGGAAAAUGUUUAAAUGCUCAAAUAUGCAAAUUGAACGAAGAAUUUAUCGAGUCUUGUAACACUUUUAAAGAGAAAACAUAUGACCCCUUAGACUACAACAAUAUGCUUAUAACCAUUCUUGGAUCUUUUCUGGAGAAACCAAUGAUUACAGAAAUGUUUAGCACAAAUUAUAAGAUCUUGCUACAGAUGUUUGAUGAAGAAUUGAGAAACUGUAAAUACUUGUAUGAUGAACACAUUAAACAGGAGGAAGAGGGGAAUGAAAUCAUAAACAAAAACAUGUCAUCUAGUUCAGGAAACCUUAAAUGGUCUCGAGAAAUUAAAGCCCGCAUAUUGUCAUUUUGGUCAAGUUUCUCAUUUGUUCCCCAACAAAUCCUGGAAAAUUUUGAAGCUACUUUAAUUUAUCAGAAAUAUAUAGAAAUAUUGAGAUUACUUGACCAAUAUGAAGAUCAGAUCUAUUUUAAAUGGAAGUCCAAGGUGGAUGAUAUUUGCCUGUUUAAUUUAGAUCAACCUUUGAUUAAGCGAAAUGGUAAAGAUGGUCUCCUUAGUGUGAAUUUUGAUCCUAAGCUGGUAGCUGUUUUAAGAGAUGUGAAAUAUCUCCUGCUUAUGGAUCAGCCCAAUAUUCCAAGUUCAGCAUUAGAGUUAUACAAGAAAAAGGGAACAUUUGCUAAUUACACCGGAAAUCUUGAACUUGUAGUCCAAUGGUACAACAAAGUUAAACAGACUGUUUUGGAGGUAGAAUAUCCUCUGGUUGAAAAAGAGCUCAUAGCGGCUGAUAAUCAGCUAAAAGAAGCAGAAGAAAAGCUCACCUGGCAGAAUGAAAAUUGCUGGGAAUAUAUUGAGUGUAUAAAAGCCAAAGUUCAUGACUUGGAACAGAGACUACAAAAGUCAAAGGACAAUAUUAAGACUAUCCAACAAAUUACGAAGUCUUGGAUGGAGCAGCCUUUCUUUUCUAGAAAAGAUAAUAGAAAAGAAGCUUUGUUAAAUCUAGCAGACAAAGAAAACAAAGUUGCUAAAAAAUUCAUGUCAUUCCAAGAAGAUGGCUGCAAGAUGCAUAAACUUGUAGAGGAAAACCUAAAGCUCUUUAAAGCUGACCCAGAUUCAGAUUCUUGGAAGAUUUACCUGGAGUUUGUUGAUGAUAUCAUUGCUGAUGGUUUUUUUAAUGCCAUAAUGUAUAAUUUAAACUUCUUCUUGGAAAACACAGAGAACGCUUUAAAGCCAGCGCCAUUAUUUCAAGUUCAGAUGAUCUUAAGUGCUGUAGAAAUUGAAUUUAAACCUUCACUGGAUAAAGAAGCUGGUGAUGGCUUUUAUGAUUUAAUAGAUGAACUUUUAAGCAAUAUUUUCAAAAUCUCUGCUCAGGUGAAAAGAAUGGCAUUACAUCUUGAAAUACAGCAUUACCAGAAUGACAUGGAUGAUAUAACAGAGCUAUCCAGUACCAGGGAAAAAAUUAUGAACAGAGUGGCAGAUGUUAUUACUGAAGCCAUGAACUUCAAAAACUCUCUCGACUGUUACGCAUAUCUCUGGGUAGAUGACAAAUCAGAUUUUAUGAAACAAUUUCUUAUCUAUGGUCGUGUAUUGACUUCUGAAGAAACAGAGAUAAUUACAGAUGUUGGCACAUAUGAUCAACACCCAACUCCUGAGCAGUUUAAAGAACAGAUUGACAUAUAUGAGCAUCUUUACAUUCAGAUGAGCAAAUUUGAAGAUUUCAGAAUUUUUGAAGGCUGGCUUAAAGUGGACUUGAAACCUUUCAAACAUAGUUUGCUAAAUGUUAUUAAGAAAUGGAGCUGGAUGUUCAAAGAAUACCUUGUGAAAUUUGUCACUGAUAGCCUAGCUGACCUAGAAGAGUUCAUUAAAAUGACAAACCUUGGACUCCAAAAACAGUUGUCAGAAAUAGAUUAUAAUGGACUCAUAGACAUUAUGUUUCAUCUCUUGGCUGUCAGGGAUAGACAGUCAGCCACUGAUGACCUUUUUGAACCUCUAAAGGAUACCAUUGUACUCUUGGAAAACUAUGGACAGAAGAUGCCAGAUCAUAUUUACAUUCAAGUGGAGGAAUUGCCUGAAAAAUGGAAUGCCACCAAAAAACUUGCUGUGUCCGUAAAGCAUGAAGUGGCUCCUUUUUUGACUUCUGAGGUCACUAUUCUCAGAAAAAAAUGUGCUGCUUUUGAUGUAAAGCAGAUAGGAUUCAGAGAAAGAUUUAGAGCAGAUGCUCCCUUUCAUUUUGAUGCCCAAAACCCAUAUGCACUUCUUGAUAAGGCAAAUCAGGAAUUAGAAAGAAUGGAAGAAGAAAUGUUGCACCUACAAGAAUCUGCCAACCUUUUUGAAGUGACUAUUCCAGAGUAUAAACAAAUAAAAGAAUGUCGCAAAGAAAUAAAGUUGCUGAAGGGAGUGUGGGAUAUUAAUAUUUAUGUCACAAGCAGUAUUGACGAUUGGACCAAAAGGCAUUGGAGAGAGAUUAGUAUGGAACAGAUGGAGGUUGAACUCAGAAGGUUUGCAAAGGAGAUAUGGUCAUUGGAUAAAGAGGUUCGUUCCUGGAAUGUAUAUACAAUUCUAGAAUUAACUAUUAAAAACCUUUUGACAUCACUAAGAAUUGUAAUAGAGUUGCAGAAUCCAGCAAUUCGAGAUCGACAUUGGUAUCAGCUCAUGGAGACCAUAGGUAUUCAGUUUUCCAUAACUGAAGAUACAACUUUAGCUAAUCUACUGGCACUGAAUCUACAUAAUGUGGAAGAUGAUGUCCGAAACAUUGUUGACAAAGCAGUAAAAGAACUUGGAAUUGAGAAGAUUCUGAUAGAAAUUAGUCAAACAUGGGCUGCUAUGGAAUUUUCUUAUGAAGAACAUUUCAGGACCAAUAUUUCCUUGCUGAAAAUAGAUGAACAGCUUUUUGAAUCUUUAGACAAUAAUCAAGUUCAGUUGCAAACAGUUCUGCAAAGUAAAUAUGUUGAAUAUUUCAUUGAACAAGUAUUAACUUGGCAAAAAAAGCUGAAUGUGGCAGACUCUGUCAUUUAUAUAUGGAUGGAAGUUCAGCGUACAUGGUCUCAUCUUGAAAGUAUUUUCAUUGGUUCAAAUGACAUCAGAGAACAGCUUCCUGAAGAUUCAAAGAGAUUUGAUUGCAUUGAUACAGAUUUUAAGGGAUUAAUGAAUGAUUCAGCAAAUACCAGAAACGUAUUGGAAGCAGCAACCAAGCCUAAUUUGUAUGAAAAACUUCAAGAUUUGCAACAUAGACUCUUGCUGUGUGAAAAGGCUCUUGCUGAAUACUUAGAGACCAAACGUUUAGCUUUUCCCCGAUUCUAUUUUGUUUCAUCUGCUGAUCUGCUAGACAUUCUUUCAAAAGGAGCACAACCUAAACAGGUGACUUGCCAUCUUAUUAAACUUUUUGACAAUACUGCUGAUCUUAAAUUUCAAGACAAUGAAGAUGAGCACAGCAAUAUUGUACUAGGGAUGUACAGCAAAGAAAAGGAAUAUGUCCCAUUCAGUGAACAACUUGAAUGUAGUGGUCAGGUAGAAACCUGGUUAAAAUGCCUGGAAGACACCAUGCGUGAAUCAGUGCGUUACCACAUCACAGAAGCUAUCACUGUUUAUGAGGAAAAACCCAGAGAACAGUGGAUCAUUGAUUAUCCUGCACAAGUAGCACUUACUGGUUCUCAAAUCUGGUGGACUACAGAUGUGGGAAUAGCAUUCAGCAGGCUUGAAGAAGGAUUUGAAACUGCUUUGAAGGAUUAUCAUAAGAAACAGGUUGCUCAGCUAAAUGCUCUUAUUGCUCUACUGUUGGGUGACCUGACACCAAGUGAUAGACAGAAGAUCAUGACUAUUUGUACAGUAGAUGUACAUGCAAGGGAUGUGGUAGCAAAGCUUCUAUCUAAGAAGAUUACUAGUUCCCAAGCUUUCCCUUGGCUAUCGCAACUGCGCCAUAGAUGGGAUUGGACUCUGAAACACUGCUUUGCCAACAUUUGUGAUGCUCAGUUUCAGUAUUAUUAUGAAUAUUUGGGAAAUACUCCUCGGCUAGUUAUUACACCUUUGACUGACAGGUGUUACAUUACUCUUACUCAAUCUCUACACUUAACAAUGAGUGGGGCACCUGCAGGUCCUGCUGGCACAGGCAAAACGGAAACCACAAAGGAUCUUGGACAUGCACUUGGAAUGAUGGUCUAUGUUUUUAACUGUUCUGAGCAGAUGGAUUACAAGUCUAUAGGAAACAUCUAUAAAGGUUUGGUUCAAACAGGCGCUUGGGGGUGCUUUGAUGAAUUCAACCGAAUUUCAGUAGAAGUUCUUUCAGUGGUCGCAGUACAAGUAAAAACUAUCCAUGAUGCCAUCAGAAACAACAAAAAACAAUUCAUUUUCCUUGGAGAAAACAUCACAUUGAAAGCAUCAGUGGGAAUAUUUAUUACUAUGAAUCCAGGCUAUGCUGGCCGGACAGAAUUACCUGAAAAUCUUAAAACUCUAUUUAGACCCUGUGCAAUGGUGGUCCCUGACAUUGAACUAAUCUGUGAAAUAAUGCUGGUUGCUGAAGGGUUUAUUGAUGCACGAUUGUUAGCCAGAAAAUUUGUUACCCUGUAUACUCUUUGUAGAGAGCUUCUCUCUAAGCAGGAUCACUAUGAUUGGGGUCUUCGGGCUAUUAAAUCUGUCUUGGUAGUUGCUGGUUCUCUGAAGCGAGGAGAUAAGACUAGACCUGAAGACCAGAUACUUAUGCGAGCCUUGAGAGACUUCAAUUUGCCUAAGAUAGUGACAGAUGAUAUCCCCAUUUUCAUGGGCUUAAUUAGUGACCUCUUUCCAGCUUUGGAUGUUCCAAGGAAGAGGGGCUUGCAAUUUGAACAGAUGGUUAAACAAUCUACCCUGGAGCUUCACUUACAGCCUGAGGAGACCUUCAUUCUGAAAGUUGUUCAGCUUGAGGAAUUGCUGGCUGUGCGUCAUUCUGUCUUUGUAGUGGGAAAUGCAGGAACAGGAAAAAGCCAGAUUUUGAAAACCCUAAAUAAGACUUAUAUAAUCAUGAAGCAGAAGCCAGUUUGGAAUGAUUUGAACCCCAAGGCUAUGACUACUGAUGAGCUCUUUGGGUUCAUACAUCAUGCUACAAGAGAAUGGAAAGAUGGCAAGUGA